AUGUUCAGAUACUCAAUAAGACCCUUCUCAACGAGUUUUAAACCUUUAAAACAAAAGACGUUAAUACAGAAGGUAAUAUCAUCUGAAAAAUCAAAAAACUCUUAUGAAUUAGGUUUAUUAUCAUCAACUUCUUUAUUCUUUAAAUGGGCGUUGGACUUUAAUCCUAGAAAAACAUUAACAAAUUAUCAAAAUGAAAUUCUAGAAUCAUUAAAAAUAGAUCCCUAUGCUAAAAUUGAAUCAAAUAUAGUAUCAAAACUUGGUGAAAUUAAAAUAAUAAACCCAAAAGCACAAAUCAAAACACCAACUUUAUUAAUCCAUGGUUUUGCAUCAAGUGGAAUUUUUUAUCAUAAAAAUUUCACUGAAUUAUCACAAAGGUUCCAAAAAUUAUAUACUAUAGAUUUACCAGAUAUUGGAUUAUCCCAAAAGGCUCCAUUAGAUAUUAAAUCAUUGGAAUCUAUAGUGAAAUUGGAACCUAAUGGUGAUAAAAUUGGGUAUCAAGUUGAUCAAGAUUUAAUUCAAAUUUCAAAAACAAUAACAUCAAUAGAAAAUUAUUAUAUUGAAGCUAUUGAAAAUUGGAGACAAACCAAUGGAUUAAAUAAAAUAAAUCUAUUAGGUCAUUCAUUUGGUGGAUUUUUAUCAUUUAAAUAUUGUUUAAGAUAUCCACAACAUAUUGAAAAAUUAAUUUUAGUUUCUCCUUUAGGUAUGGAAAGAAAUAUCUCAUCAAUACAUAACAAGUCAACACAGGGGAUCAUAAGUUCAAACCCUAAGGAUUCAAAUUAUUUUAGAUCAGGAUUCAUCCCUAAAUUUGUUAUGAAUUAUGGAUUUAAUAUCUUGAAAUGGUUAGGUCCCCUGGGGGUCAGAUUAGUUUCUAAAUAUUUAAGUUCAAGAUUAACAAGAAGUUCAACAAAUUCCCUGAUUGAUUCUAAAGAAUUGAAUAAUUUUUUUUUAAUUUAUACAAUUUUAUUAAUUUAUCAAAAAAAUAAUUCAUUCAAGAUGUUUAAAAAUUUGUUUAAUAAUUCUUUAUUAAGUUUUGAUCCAAUUUUAGAUAAUUUAGAUAAAGUUAAGAUUCCAGUGAUGAUUAUGUAUGGACAAUUUGAUUGGAUGAAUGUUCAAGCUGGAUUUGAAGCAGUUAAUGAGUUAAAUGGAAUGAAUAAAGUGGAAAAUGAUUUUACUAUAAUUAAAAAUGCAGGUCAUAAUAUCUUUUUAGAUAAUCCUAAAGAUUUUAAUAUGCAAGUUAUAAAUUAUUUUAAUGAAGUAUAG